ACUCUCUUUCACACAUAAUACACAGUUUGGUCUCAUCUUAAAAACUGUAUGUGCUUGGUAGGUUGCGCCGUUUGAUUUAUUUUACACACACUGUCAGUAAUAUACACGAAAAUGGGCCCUUUAUUCCACCGAAUGUUUUAAUGCCUGAUGGUGGUGGUGAGGUGAGAUACAAAACCACUCUUCAUCUUAAUCAACCCCUCCUUUCUUUCAACCCCAACCCCAUUUCUUGCUGUCUUGCAUUUGAUUUUUUCAUGCUCUAACUGCUUUAUUAUCCACCCAUCUUGCUUAUUUUGGGUUUUAUCCAUCUGGGUUUUCUUGGGGUUCGAGCUUUUUUUGAAAGUUCUUGAAUUUGUGGUUUUGUUUGUGAUUGCUUGGAAGUUGCUGUUUUGGGCUUGUAGUUUGGUUGUUGGGUCUGGGUUUCUGUUAGGUCUGAGCAGGAAUUAGGACCUGGUUUUUUUGAGACUUGGGCUUGGAAGUUAAGUGAUGAAGCUUCAUUGAUUUUGUUGAAAUUGAAGUUGGAAAUCAAUUCGAUGUCGCGCGGGGAUAGAGUAAUUCAGCCACCCCUGGUUGAUACAACAUGUUUUUGUAGAGUAGAUGCAGGCCUUAAAACUGUUUCUGGUGCUAAGAAAUUCGUUCCAGGAUCAAAGCUCUGUCUCCAGCCUGAUGUUAAACCUUCGAUUCAUCCUACUAGACAGAAGCCAAGCCGUGGUGAUAGAAAUCGGAGCCAGUCUCCUCUGCUUCCUGGUCUUCCUGAUGAUCUCGCCAUUGCUUGCUUAAUCCGUGUCCCAAGAAUUGAGCAUCGUAAGCUUCGAUUAGUGUGCAACAGAUGGUACCGUCUUUUGGCAGGUAACUUCUUUUAUACCCUCCGGAAAAAUCUGGGAAUUGCAGAAGAAUGGAUAUACAUUAUGAAAAGAGACAAAGAUGGAAAAAUUGCAUGGCAUGCUUUUGACCCUACAAACCAGCUUUGGCAGCCUCUGCCUCCUGUUCCCAAAGAAUAUUCUGGAGCGCUUGGUUUUGGAUGUGCUGUCCUUAGUGGCUGCCACCUCUACUUGUUUGGAGGCAAAGACCCUGUCAAGGGAUCAAUGAGACGGGUCAUUUUUUACAGUGCACGGACAAACAAAUGGCACCGUGCUCGAGAUAUGCUCAGGCGACGACACUUCUUUGGCUGUUGUGUUAUUAACAACUGUUUGUAUGUAGCAGGCGGGGAAAAUGAGGGGGUGCACCGCUCACUGAGGUCAGCUGAAAAAUAUGAUCCAAACAAGAAUAGAUGGUCGUUCAUUUCAGAUAUGAGUACAGCCAUGGUGCCCUUCAUUGGGGUAGUCUAUGAGGGCAAGUGGUUUCUGAAAGGGCUUGGAUCUCACAGACAGGUCCUGAGCGAGGUAUAUCAGCCUGCAAGUGAUAAGUGGGAUCCUGUUCACGACGGAAUGGUUGCUGGCUGGAGGAACCCUAGCACCUCAUUAAAUGGGAAAUUAUAUGCUUUGGAGUGUAAAGAUGGUUGUAAGCUUAGGGUCUACGAUGAAACAACAGAUUCUUGGAGCAAGCAUAUUGACAGUAAGAUGCAUAUAGGAAAUUCAAAGGCUUUAGAAGCAGCAGCACUUGUCCCGCUCAACGGAAAACUAUGCAUUAUUCGUAACAAUAUGAGUAUUACAAUGGUGGAUGUUUCAAAAUCAGGUGACACAACAGGAGCUACCGCCGAACAUUUAUGGGAAACCAUAGCCGGCAAAGGUCAGUUCAAAACAUUUGUGACUAAUCUCUGGUCAAGCCUUGCUGGUAGGAGCCGCCUAAAAAGCCACAUUGUUCAUUGUCAAGUUCUUCAAGCCUGAUUGUCAAUUCAUGGUGUUGUAAAUUACUCUGAUAUUAUUACCAUUAAAGUGUAAAAUCUUUAAUGGGGUAUCAACAUCUCUUGUUGUGAUAAUCUCUCUCUGCACAGGAUGGAUGGUAUAAAAGCAGAUGCAAUUUAUGCAUCAUCAGACUGCUGAUUUUUGAGUUGCUA